GAAGCAAGUAAGGUACAGCAGUAGCCUUAGCCAAAAAAGCAUUUUGGCCAGACUCUGGCCAUGAAGGUUCAUAUUUAUGUCCUAUUCUUGUCCAUUUGGGCAAUUAAUUGUUUAGAUAGAAACCAAACUAAUGAAUCGUCUACUGCUACUACAACCAAUAUUACAGUUGAAACCACAGAAUCAAGAGUAACAAAAUUGGAUGAUUUUAGAAAACGCCUUCUAGGUUUCAUAGUUGGAAUUAUGAUCAUAGCUUUCACGUUUACCUGUUUUUGUCUACUCCAUUAUAACUGUAUGGUUGAGGAGAUCCAGCCACCAGGAGGACUCAACAAAGAAAAUAUGGCAGCUAUAUCAUCCUGGGUAUCCAAAGUAUCAGCGUGUCAACCUGAUAUGAUAACUGAGGACAUUCUAGAAACUCAGCCUCUACUGUUAAAUUCAGAACAAACACUUAGACUCUCAUGUCCAGAUAAACAGCUCAUACCAGAGAGUAAUGAAAAAUCAAUUCAGCCUUCAAGUCUACCAAACCCAUGUAUACCAUCUAAUACUCAAAAACCAACGAAAUAUGUAAAUGUAGAAAAGUCAUCUACAUCAUGUAGUAUACAACAUUCAAAAAGGCAGUUAGAGCCAAAAAAGCCAACUAAGUUAUCAAACCCCAAAAGAUUACAUAAGCCAUCUCACUUGGAAAAGUCAUAUAAGAAACGUUGCCUUAAAAAGUCCCACAAUCUCACCCAUGCCUGUAAAUUAGGUAAUGUCAAUACAUCCUGUUUAGAUAAGCAAGUCACACCUUGGAUGGAUGUCCUGCAUACUUCAGCGAAUCAAACCACACAAUUAUCUUCUUCAAUUCCACAUAAGCAAAUCACACCCGCCAAACCAUGCAGACUGAAGAAACCCAACCUGCCACGUGGACAUUAUGAGGUUAAAAAGUCAGUGAAUAGAGGAAAGGCUUUGUUACCCAAGCCUACUGCAGCCAAAACUUGCCCACAUUAUGAGGAUAAAUGCCUUGUUUGCAAUACUUCUGAACUUUUUCGCAAUGAUCUUUCAGUUGCAGAGAAGAACCACGCUGGAAAUCUUUAUGGUUCAAUGAUGGUGAAGCCAUGUCUUGAACCAUUUUUUGAUACAGGUUACAAGUACAAGUCUUAUCAGAACAGUGUGAACAACAAUACCGGGAAAAUGUAUGAUAGUGAAGACAGUGAUGAAGAGAUAGUCAUUAUUUGUAACACAAGUCAUGAUGAUAUCAUGAAUAAAGACUCCUUCCAAUAUUAAGUGCAUGUAAUCAGCAUUGAUUACAGAGCUACCUACCUCAAAAGUAAUUAAAUGCAUGGCAUUAU